AGCUUAAGGCGACGGGAGAGAAGGCAGGGUCCUUCUAUGAGGCAGUCGCGCAGGCAGCGGCUGCGGGAAGCCGGUCACCGGGCGUCAUGUAUUACAAGUUUAGUGGCUUCACGCAGAAGCUGACGGGAACAUGGGCUUCCAACGCUUAUAGUCCGCAGGGAUUAAGGCCUGUGGUCUCCACAGAAGCACCGCCUAUCAUAUUUGCCACACCCACCAAACUGAGCUCUGAUUUUACUGCAUAUGAUUAUGCUGGGCAAAACAAAGUUCCUGAGCUGCAGAAGUUGUUCCAGAAGUCCGACGGUGUGCCCAUCCACCUGAAGCGAGGCCUGCCUGACCAAAUGCUGUACCGGACCACCAUGGCGCUGACAGUGGGAGGGACCAUCUAUUGCCUGAUUGCUCUCUACAUGGCUUCACAGCCCAAAAACAAAUGAGUUAGGCUGCAGAGGACUGGUUUGCUUUUUGGCAUAAACUCUUUGAUUUUUCAUUUUUCAUUUUUCUGUAAACAUUUUCUUUUUUACUUGAAUAGUUUACUUAACAUAUUUCCAGAAAAAUAGAUAUUAAGGCAAUAUUUUGGUUUGUUUAUGAAAUGCACAUGGUCCAUCAGAGCUCAUUGGGUAGUUAAGACACUUGUUUAAAGAAAUGCUGCAGCUCUUUGAGCUCCUGAUUUCCCUGGAGGUUCAGGGUGAAGGUUGCACACAGGCUCAUUAACAGCAGUCUGUGCUGAGGUCCUUAGGGACUGACAGUGGUAUUUGUGAGCAUGGGGUGCAGACGCCUUUCUGGAUGUGGAUGUGACUGAGGAAGGAAGACAGAAGCCAAGGCCAGGAGCGUGAAGCAGGAAUGUGAGUUAGUAGACACCUUGGGGACUUUUCGCGAUAAAAUGUUAAGAACAGUUAUUUGUAGCCUGCCUCUGUUCAUCGGGCGGUUGGUUUCCAAGGGUUAUUUGCCUCAUCUCAGAUCUUUAGUGAAAUUUUAUGUGUAAUUGUUAUGUAUUUAUUCCACCUUGGGAACAGAGAACACCUGUUUAGUGUUGUGCUUUAGACCAGUGUGUUUUAUUAAUGCACCGGUGAUGCAGAUUCUCCUUUACCUCUUCAAAAUGUUAUGGCUUUAAAUUGUGAUUUACUUUGAAUGUGGAAUAAAUACAUGAAUGAAAAAUCUAAA